CUGACCGACUUCUGCUGCAACUCCAGCCGAGGACGUUAGGAGGAGGGAUUCCCUCACAGAGCCCCAACUAAUGCCACAGUCUCUGAGCAAGUGCCUGUGGAGACGGGAUGGAUCCUAACCCUAGUUUGCUUUCUUCUCCAUCUCGGGCCUGCGCCCAGCCAGCAGAACUUUGUAUGGAAGGUAGGAGAAACCCAUCGCCCUGUGAGCAGGGCAGAGACUCCUCCUUUUCCUGGAACCAGGUCCCUAAUUCCAGCCUCACUGACCCUGACUGGUUUGGGGAUCAGCAAGUCCAGGCAAAGAGGGCCAGAGUGGAGACCAUCAUCCGAGGCAUGUGCCUCUCCCCGAACCCCCUGGUGCUGGGCAGUGUCAGAGCCAGGGACAGCCCAAGCUGCCCGGAGAAGGCCCGGGAGCGGAAGAGGAAGCAGAGCCUUCCCAUGCAGCAGAACCCCCCGAAACCGGGCCCUGCUGGGACCCACGGCAGCAAAAAGGGGGGCCCCCAUGUGAGAGAACAGCUUCACAUGCUGAAGCAACAGCUGAGACAACUGCAAGAGCACAUCCUGCAGGCUGCCGAGUCUGGGAACUCAGCUCCGGGUGCUCACAGUGCGAAGCAGAGGAAUGGCUACGGGCGUUGGCCCUGGACUAUGGACAGCGACCAGCAGGGUUCUGGUGGGGACCUUUCUGGGGUGGAGAAACACAGGGUGGCAGAGGUUGAACACCAGCCUGAGGAACCCAGGUCUCUUUCUUCUGGAGCACGAGCUUUGCUGGAGAUUCUGAGGAAAGAAUUGACUGGGGCAGUGUCCCAGGCUGUGGACGCAGUAUUGCAAAAGUUCAACCGCUGCAUUACCUCCCAGAUGAUCAAGUGGUUCAGCAACUUCCGUGAGUUCUAUUACAUCCAAAUGGAGAAAUUUGCCCGGCAAGCAGUUUCAGAUGGCAUCAAAAAUCCCAAAAUGCUGCUGGUUCUCCGUGACUCCGAACUUUUUCGAGCUCUCAAUAUGCACUAUAACAAGGGAAAUGACUUUGAGGUCCCAGAUUGCUUCUUGGAAGUCGCCAGCUUGACGUUACAGGAGUUCUUCAGGGCUGUCUCCGCAGGGAAAGACUCAGAUCCUUCCUGGAAGAAACCCAUUUAUAAAAUUAUUUCGAAACUGGACAGUGACAUUCCACAGAUAUUCAAAUCUUCCAGCUAUCCCCAGGAGCCGUUUCGGAAUUAA